UAUUACUUCAGGAUAUUUAACUGAGCUACAGUUUUUCAAUCAUGCCAAGAACAAGUGAACGUUUGAUGAGAAAUGGGUACUAUGACAUGUAUGGACAACCAGUUAUUUCAUACAAAGAGAUGCCAAACAGAAGGAGGCGCAUAACAGGCCGCCCUGUAAACCAGCCUGUAAAUGUGGAGGUACCAUAUAGAGAGAGGUUUUGUAGUCGUGAGGACAAUAUAACUGACCAAGAAAACCAGACGAUCGACACUCUGAUACAGGAUUCUUAUAACCACUUUGUCUUUCUCAUCUUCGUCGUCUUUGCUUGCAUUUGGCGAAUUAUUUUCCUGUACUUGUGUUCUUCAGAGUUAUCUGUCACACCAACUCUAACAGACAUGGUUACAAUCUCUGGAGGUGAGGAUGAGGAAUAUCUCUCCAGGCUGCAGUCGUUAGAGGGAAAGGUUGAGUACCUUCUACCACAAGCAGAUCUGUGGCCCAACUUUGCUCUGCAGUCUCAAGGAGCAACAAUUUUAGACAAGAUGACCUCAAAAACAUAUCAGAAAAUUAAAGGAUCUAGAUGCAAGCUACCACCUGCAGGCCCAGGCAUUGUUAUUCAGGGAGGAACUGAUCUGAAUCCAGGACAAUGCUGGGCCUUUGCAGGCUUCCCAGGACGUUUAUCCAUCGCACUGUCCCACAAAGCCACCGUCACUCAUGUGUCGCUGGGUCAUAUUCCCAAGAUUGCUUCCCCAACUUCCUCAAUCUCUAGUGCUCCUAAAGAAUUUUAUGUCUAUACGGAAAAAGUUGGUUCCUUCCGCUACGUGACUCUACAGGUGAACAGCAACUGGGGUCAUCCGGACUACACCUGCCUCUAUAACUUUAGAGUGCAUGGUGAACUUGCUAAAUGA